UUUUUUUUUUUUUUGGCCACCGAAAUCUCAUCAAGGGUCUGAGGAUCUGAGGACUAUGGAAGUGAAAAAUCUCAUCAAGGAUAAGAAAUUCUGGUUUGCGUCCUUCCUUAUCGUCUGGGCUGCUGCUCUCCAGGGCCAUAUGAUGUGGAUGCAGAAGCAGGACUCCUUCAAGCAGAAAUUUGGGAACCUUGAUCAAGACAAGGAUGCCCAAAACUGAUGGGUAAGAGUCACCCUGCGCAAACCAAAACUCGAAAGGAUUUAAUUUAUUAAUUUUUUUUGGGAGAAAGUUCUUCUCUGGAAGUGACUCGAACUCCUGCUUUCCGAGUCAUAAAUUACUUUUAAGUAGUGCAGUUGAAAUGCUGGAUUAUGUGGAGUCUGUACUGUUUAUAUGAUUGACAAGUGUGAAGUACUGAAUUUGAUCUUUGAAAGAUUCGGCUUAUUUGUUCGUGUGAAGGACUUCAGGAACGUCUAGGGCACUCCCAAUGUCGUUGUUGUACUAUCUUUUUCUUAUGGGGCUCGGCCAAUCUGAAAUUUCUUAAUGCUGCUUGGCUAUUCAAUAUGGGGAAGAAGGAUUAGUACAACUAACGGGGAGUCAUAGUUUACCCUUUUUGGGUUAUCUGAAAAUUAUAAAUUUGGACGGAAUGAUCAUUGUAAAAUCUUCUUGUUAAUUUAAAUCUAAUUCUCCUGGUCUCCUGAAGGU